AACCGAGCAGCCGCCGAGUCCUAACUGUAAACUGGAGCGGACAAUGUGAGUCGGCCGCACAGAGCGCCGCUGUUCCUGCGGGGAGCUCGUCUCACAUGUUUGUAAUUAUUCAAAACAACAUGACAAAGGGAGUAUAACUGGAAAGAAGUCUGGAAAUACUCAGUUACCAGGCGGCAUGGACACAAAACGCCAGAGUGUGGUGAUGGAGCGCCUUUUGAGCGAGCUCACCUCUCUGCUGAAGAUGUUGGACCAUGAAACGGUCAGUCCUGAUACUGCUGACAAGAUGGCUUCUGUACGUAACAUCCUGGACUCUCUCCAGCAGUCAGUCAAUGGGUCGGACGUCUACAUGAACGGUUGUCUCUAUGGAAACGGCACAAGCUUUGUAGAGUCACUGUUUGAGGAUUUUGACUGUGAUUUGCACAUGCUCAGUGCAUCUCCGGUGGAACAGAAAGAGAUCAAAGAGGAGAAGACACAUCCCAAUAAAUCUACACCAACCGACACGCCUCCACCUCUACCAACAACCGCCCUGCCCGAUGAUUAUUAUGAAGAGGCUGUUCCUCUAGAUCCUGGAUCCUCCCCGCAGUACUUCACCACGAAUUCCAGGAACUCUGUGGAAGAUGCCUACUAUGAAGACGCUGAUAACAACUACCCCACCACCAGGAUUGAUGGGCCGUCUAAAACCUCCAACAAUGACUCAGAUGCGCUGAGCAGCUCCUACGAGUCAUAUGAAGAGGAGGAUGAGGAGGCCAAAGGACGGGAUCAGUGUCAGAGCUGGAAAGCUGAGGAAAGUCCAGAUGAACCUGUGAGAGACUGUCGAAUCUGUGCCUUCCUACUGCGAAAAAAACGCUUCGGUCAGUGGUCAAAGCAGCUCGUAGUUGUCAGAGACAAUAAACUCCAGUGCUAUAAGAGCAUCAAGGAGGCUUCCCCCAACACAGAACUCCCAUUGAACCUUUGCAACGUCAUCUACGUCCCGAAGGAAGGCCGCAAAAAGAGGCACGAGCUGCGUUUCUCGUUACCUGGAGGGGAAGCGCUGGUUCUGGCAGUUCAGAGCAAAGAGCAGGCCCAAAGAUGGCUCAAGGUGGUCCAUGAAAUUGGCAGCCAGUGCAACAACACAGAAGGACUGAAUGGAUCCACUUCUCCUAUUAUACAGAGGAAGCUGGAGCUUGACAAGAUGCUGCAGGCUGAUAGACAGACAUCAGAUUCCGACAGUGGACCUACAGGAGACUUUCAGUCCACUGCACUUGGACCAGGAAGGGACAUCACUGAUUCACUCAACAGGGCGAAGCGUGGCGCCUUCUCUGAUCUGACGGAAUCUAUGAGCCGAGCUGCAGGGAAGAAAAUCAAUCGGAUCAUCACAUUCUCCAAAAAGAAGCCUCCUUUACCGGGAGAUGUUUCUGCGUCUCCGGGCCAACAUGACAACCCUCGCUGCGGAUACCUGAGUGUGUGUCUGAGCGGCUCUUGGAAAGAACGUUGGUGUGUGCUUCAAGGUGGAAACUUGUACCUGCAGAAGCACCCGGGGGACCAGUGGCCUCCGGUCAUCGUGGUGCCCCUGAAGGGAGCGGAGGUGAUGCCUGGUGGUCUCGGACCGAAACAUCCCUUCUCUUUUUGCAUCAUGCAAGGCGGCAGUGAACUAGCAGCUUUAGAGGCCAGCUCCUCAGAGGAUCUUGGGCGCUGGCUGGGUGUUCUGUUUGCAGAGACUGGCAGCACGGCUCUCCCUGAUGAGCUGCACUACGACUACAUCGACGUGGACACGCUCACUGACAUACGGCACGCUGCCAGACACUCCUUCCUGUGGGCCACUACUACUGCUGCGUCUUCCAGCAGUGCUUCUACAGACUCCAGAACUUAUGAUGACGUGUAUGAAAGUGUGGGGGAUGAGGAUGUGGAAAGCAAAGCAGGCCAGGUGAGACGUCACGCCUCCUUCUCCAGCAGGGACUCUGAGAAAACUGAACAACAGGCUGCCAUUAAGCGACACGCCUCCAAUGUGAAUCAGUACGGACGCUAUGGGAAGACACGUGCGGAGGAGGACGCCAGGAGGUACCUGAGGCAGAAAGAGGAGCUGGAGAAGCAAAAGGAGGAGCUCAGAAAUGCACUGAUCUCACUCCGAAGGGAGAAGAGGGAGAUAAAGGAGGAGAUGAAGAGUGCUACUGGUCACAGUGUGGAAAAGCGGUUUGCUGAGCUGGAAACGUUAUGUAAACAGAAAGAGGAGGAGCGGGUGGAGCUGGAGCUCAGACUGACAGAAGUCAAGGAAAAUCUAAAGAAAUCGCUGGCGAGAGGAGCGCUGGGUCCUCCCACUGACGCAAAGAUAAACACCAAGAAACCAGGAAACAAAGUUGAAAAGAUUUACAACGAGACUGUACCUGUGAACUCAGCAUCUGAGCUCCGUAAACGCCCUCCGUCUCUUUACGCCUCCUCUAAAGGGAACGUCAUGCAGAAGGCAAAGGAGUGGGAGUCAAAGAAGCAGACCUAGACUGAACAGAAACAGCUGGAAAAUAAUAAUCGAAGGACAAAACUAAACCGAUGGGAGAGCAUGUAAAAGAAGAAUGAGUCAGACAACUAGCACUGAAAAGGAGGGAAAAACAGAUAGAAGGAGCCGAGCAGACUGAAUCGUUUGCUCCUAUAAGCACAGCGAGCUUGAUGCUGCCUAGGACACUGUACACAACCUUACUGAUGAACCAGCUCAGUGUUAAUGUGAUGAAUGGUAAAGCAGAUGCUGUGUUUAUGUGUGUUUAUGUUGCAAAAGCAACUAUUUCAUAGAGUUAAGAUAGCACAGUCUUUUUAAUUCAGCCGUUUUAUUGAUUUAUUUACACCAAAAAUGAAAAUGCUAAUGAAAAAAACAAAUGUAAAUAUUAAAUUAUCAUUAUUACUGGCACAAGUGUUUUAUGCCUUAUAUUUAAGCUUUUUUUUAUUGAGUUUGACACUGUACUUAAAAUAAAGCCAUUGCUUCUUUGUUACAAUGUGAAAUGGUUGCUUUAAACAUAAUUCAGAUUUAUUUUAUAUUUGUUGUUUGCACUUUACCCUGUUCUAUUCUGUGAUCAUAUAAAUGUUUUUUAAAAAUAUUCCUGUAGUCAAAGCAUUUGAAGAAAACCGCUUCAGUGUCAUUGCAAUUAUAUUUUUUCAAAUGCUGAAGUAAAAAAAAGUUUCUAGAAAUCCAAACUGGUUUUUGUGUUUCUGAGACAGAAUCUCUGCUUCUGAAAUUACUAAAUUUAAGAGCUGCCAGCUCCACCUAGUGGCAAAUGUCUGUUCUAUCUUUUGUCUACACUACAUUAAUUAUGUACAUGACAACUAAAAAGCCGCUCAUAU